AUGGCUUUUGAUCCUGAAGAUGAAGAUGAACAAAGGAGAAGAGAAGCUAUGACAACAGUGAAUCGAAGAAAGCUUUUAGAGCAUCAGAAAGUUGAGGUCAGGAGCUGUACCGACGAGGGAUUUCUAGGUUCAUGGCACAGUGGAACUGUCAUUGCUACCGAAAGUUCAGCUAGAUGGGUCCAGUAUGAUCAUCUUUUAUUAGAUGAAUACAGUUCAACCAAACUUGUUGAACGUAUAGAGGUUCCUUCUAUCGUUGAUGGCAUUGAAAUCAACAACAAAUCAAUGUCUAAUUAUCGUGGGUGGAUACGGCCGUUGUCACCUCCAUGUUAUUUUAGUAUAUGGUUUCUCCACUAUGGACAAUGUGUUGAUGUGUAUUAUUCGGAUGCAUGGUGGGAAGGAGUGAUUUUAGACCAUCAAGAUGGUUCAGCAGAGCGGAAUGUUUUCUUUCCAGAUAUUGGUGAUGAAAUGGCAGCUCACAAGGAUAAUUUGAGAAUUAGUCAGGACUGGGAUGAACAAACUGAACUUUGGAAGCCUCGGGGGAACUGGAUCUUCCUUGAAUUGAUUGAGGAAAUAGAGAAAGAUUGGCCCAUUCUAGUUUCUGUUAAGCAAAUUUGGUAUGAUGUGAGGGCCAGAAGCGGAUUUGACAAUUUAAAGGAGUGGACUUCUUGCUUGACUGAUAUCUGGAGAGAAUUGUUGUUAGAGGUAAUUGUGGAUAACAUUAAGCUCUUUUUGAAAGAUUUUUUUCCGACUCUGAGCUCGAGCUCCUCGGGGAAUACAUUGCAUGAUUGUGGUCAUUUAAUGGAACUAAGUGGACCUAUUUUGGAUGCUGUAUUGAAGAAUAAGGAAUGCUUUGUUGACUCUCUUGCUGUUGUACCCGGCAGCAAUGGCUUCUUAAAUAGAAGUGAGUUCUUGCAUGUUGAUGAAAAGGGAGAAUAUCGUCAGCCUUGUGAUGAGAUCAAUCGGGACAAAUUGGCCACUGUUACGACAUUUGAUAGGUUGGGGAAGAUGCCGCUGUCUAGUUCAGUCAAAACCAUAGAUGAAGAAAUAGCAUGUGCGAGUUCUCGAACAAUGGCAAUUGCACCUUCUAUGACUGGUGAGGUGUCCAAGGUUAAUUCCUGUACCAACCAUGAAGAAUCAUUUAACGCUAGUCUUGAAGUGUCCAAAAUUACUAAGAACAAUGUUUGGCAUCCUGCUGGCCCCAACAUUGUUUCUGAUCCUGACUAUUGCCCUGAAGCAGUUGAUGAAUACUGCAGAUUGUUCAAGUCUGGGAAUAAGCGAUAUCUUAAGGUUCAAAAUAAUGUCUGGAAACAUCUUUUAUUUAUGGGCUGGAAAAUUGAGUACAGGAACAAUGAAAGAAUUAAUGGUAUGCAACAACUACGGUACAUUGAACCUGGUUCUCCUGAGAAGUAUUUUGUAUCACUUGUUGACGUGUGUGAGUAUUUGAAGGCAGGAGCAUCUAAAGAAUUGUGUUCCUUUACAGACCUUAAAAUACCAAAAGAGAAAGCACAAGACAAUUGGGUGCCAUUUUGCCUCCCAGAACCUGAAUUUUACGAAGAUGCUGUUACUGAAUAUAUCAAUAUUAGUAAGUGUGGGCGUCAACCGUCAGAGGAACAUAUAUUAAAUGUCUUGAAACAUCUCUCGUUUUUGGGAUGGAAAGUUGAAUACACUAAAGAAACAUGGAGAUACCGUUUUAUCAUGCCUAAGGAUGGUGGCAGUGAAAAAGAAUUUCGAUCACUUUUCGAAGUUUGUCAGUAUAUGGAAACAUCAUCUUCUGACAUUGUUUCUAUGUUUCCCCAAGAUGUGCAAAAUUGUCUAUCUUAUGCAGCUGAUGCCACCUUAUUUCCAACUGAGCACUCACAAGAACGCAAAAGUGUACUCAUAGGACCUUCACCUGAUGAGGAACUUAUAUUUGAACCUGAAUAUUGUCCUCAAGCUGUUAUGAACUAUCAUACUCAUGUUACCAAGGAAAAGGGUGACCAUAGUAAAUGGAAAACAGGUAGCAUGCUUAAGGAUAUGCAAUUGAAAGUAAAGAAGCACCUGUUCGCUGUUGGGUGGAAAUUAUAUCACUACCGAACCAAAAAAAAGUUGAGGUACAGGUACAUUUCACCUAGCAGGAAGAUGUACGAUUCACUCCGAUCAGCAUGCAAGGGCUAUAUAGAUGAAGAAAUACAUGUUGGGAAGCUAGCAGAAGUACAACUUCCUAGAGAGGCUCGAUAUUCACCUUCAGCAAGUGAGGAGGUUCGGAAAGAGAUUCAUUGCGAAAACAAGAAGAAAAGAAAGAGUAGUUCCCUACAUCUUGCCUCUCUGUCCUCAAAUUCCGUUACGAAGGAAAAUAAGUCAAAGAAAAUUCAAGCUAUCAAGUCUAAAGAUAAUAUUAACAGGCCAGUCUCUGUUUCAGACCGUGUGUUGCGGUCAAGCAAAAGAGCUCGCGAGGUGGUGGAUGCAUCUUCAUCACACAGAAAUCCUUGUACUAUAUUAUCUUGGUUAAUGGACAAUCAAGUUGUUUUACCUAGUGAGAAAGUGCAAUAUCGCAUCGGAAAGGAUUGCAAGAUGAUGGCAGAAGGUAGGGUGACUCGUGACGGAAUCAAGUGCAAUUGCUGCCAAGAAACUUUUACUCUGCAUAAUUUUGAAGUUCAUGCAAACAGUACUUGCCAUCAGCCAUCAGCCAAUAUAUUUUUGGAGAAUGGUAGGUCCCUGCUGGAGUGCCAGUUACAACUGAGGCGAGAUUUAAAUACAAGAGGUUCCAAUAGAGGGAGGCUGGAGGUGAAGGGUAAACCGAAUGACAAUAAGACAGACUCCAUAUGUUCUGUCUGUCAUUCUGGGGGUAAUUUAUUAUUGUGUGAUGGAUGUCCAUCUACAUUUCAUACUCGUUGCCUUGGUUUGAAGGGGGUUCCAACUGGUAACUGGUUCUGCCCAUCAUGUUGUUGCAAAAUUUGUGGCCAGAGCAAAAACAGUGGGAACAUAGAAGUAUUCACAAAUAGUAGUGUUAUCAACUGUGAUCAGUGUGCACGGCAAUAUCACAUCAGUUGCCUAAGGAUGAAAGGUCAUGUGCUUGAAAGUUAUCCCAAAAAAUACUGGUUCUGCAAUUUUAAAUGCAAACAGAUUUCAGUAGGACUCCAAACGCUCCUAGGGAAACCAGUUCAACUUGGGAGAGAUCAUAUGACUUGGACUUUACUCAAGUACAUAAAACCUGAUAAACACUAUCAUAAUCAAUCUGAUAUUGUGGAUUCGACGGAGAUUUAUAGCAAACUUAAUAUUGCUCUUGGUGUGAUGCAUGAGUGUUUCGAACCUCUCAAUGAACCUCGAACCAGGAGGGAUCUUGUUGAAGAUGUUAUAUUCAACAGACGGUCCAAAUUGCAACGUUUGAACUUUCAUGGGUUCUAUACAGUUCUUUUGGAGAAAAAUGAUGAGCUAAUUACUACUGCGAUUUUAAGAGUUCAUGGCGAAAAGGUGGCAGAAAUUCCUCUUGUUGCUACGCGUUCUCAUUAUCGUAGGCGUGGAAUGUGUCAUGUUUUGAUGGAUGAGCUUGAAAAGGUACUUGUGAAAUUAGGAGUGGAGAGGCUAGUUUUGCCUGCUAUUCCAAGUAUGCUCAAUACUUGGAUCUCUUCAUUUGGAUUUUCUAGGAUGUCGCCAUCAGAGAGAUUAGAAUUGUUGGAUUAUACUUUCCUCAGUUUCAAGGGCACCACAAUGUGCCAAAAACUCUUGUUGAUGACCCCACGCAUAAAAUCAAAUCCCCCAAGUCUUGUUAAGCAACAUUCUGAUGUCAUUAGUGGAGAUGAUAUUGAAGGGAGCAGUGGUGGUUCUGAAAUACUUCAAACAGAACGAGUCGACGACAAUGGAGCUGUAGGCCAAACCUGUAUAAAUCUUGGUGGUGGUGUUGGUGGCGAGGACAAAUCUUGUUCAGAUUAUUGGGUGAGUCAACCAACUGGUUUUGAAUACGUACCUUGCCAAAAUGGUGAGAUGGGUCUCCAGAGCUCAGGCAAGGGGUCUGACUAAUAUAAAAGUAAGAGCAACGGAACUGAUCAAACUGAUCAAACUGUAUACUAUUAGAGAAGGAUUUUAAAGCCUGUUGCAGCUGAGGGUGAGAGAUCCUAAACAGAGAAUAGGAAUGGCAUGGGGAGUCUUCCACUUCUUCUCCAGCCUUCGCGGUACUUCUUCAUAGUUUGCUUGUCAAUGUAUGCUAACAGAGUUUUGGGCAGACUGAAAUAGGCAAUAAGAGAUAAUGAGGUCUCCUUGUUAAGCUAGCAUACAAUGUUGUUUGUGCAUUUGUUUGUUUUCAUGGAAUAGAUAAGUGUCCAUUGCAUGGGUACAGAUGUAUAAGAGCAAGUGCAAUAGAUUACCUAAAUGAGCUCCUAAACUUAUAUUUAGUUAAUGUAUCAAAAAAAGGUGCUCCAACAUUAUGCCAGUGAUUACCUAAAUCACUUGUACAUCCUCAAUUCUCUUAACCAUUAUCUAUUUCUAGGUG